GUGUUCUUAUUAAAUGAAUUUCUUAGGUAAUCUUAUAUGUAGGAAGAUAAGACAGUGUAAUUUCUCAGUCAUACAAUGGCGAUAAAGUUAAUUCUUCUUAUUCUCUGUUCAGUUGCUUAUUGCAAAGUUUCCAGGGAUGAUAUUCGACACAUCGACGGAAUCGAUGAAGCGUUAGAGAAAGGGAUUAACUGGUUGAAAAAAGAAAGAGAACAAAAUUGUGGUUGGAAAGAUACUGCAAGAGCAAUCGUUGCCCUCUUCUUAACUGUAGAAGAAUUUGAUAAAUAUGAAAAGGAAUUAAUGGCAAAAGAAUUUGAUUUAGCUGUCUUCUUACAACUUCGGAAUAUUAACUCCCUGCUCGUAGAAGAAAUGGCUCUAAAUAUAAACGCGAUGAUAGCUGCCUGCCGUAAUCCUAAAUAUUACUAUAACAUAGACUUCAUUCAAUUGAUGCUAAAUCGUAUCAGACAUCAGGCACACAUAUCAUCUCCGUUAAUCCCUCUUGUAUUCUGUAAUGCUAACGUUUCUGAAGCCCGAGAUUAUCACGAUACUCUAAUAAGUUUUAUGAACCUAGAUGGUCCAGAACCGAGAUAUGCUGACUUGAAGGUGUUCAGUGCGUUAGCAAUUGAAUGUAUUUAUCAAGAGGAAGAACAUAAACACCACCGUUAUUCCAGCAACACAUUAAAAAGUCAAAAGGAACUUCAAAGCAGUGACGGAAGCUUUGGAAAUAUCUAUCUGACUGCUUUAACAGUGCAGUUGGCUCUUGCUACAGGUGACUUGUCGGAAGAAAUUGAGAACGCGAUCAAAUACUUGAUCUCUAAGCAACUCGAAGAUGGGUCGUUUGGAAAUAUGAUGACAACUUAUUUUGUCUUGCCAAUUUUGGCAGGCAAGACACUUAUUGACUUGAAAUAUACUAAAUGCGAGGAGGAGGAAUGUCGAAAACCGGCUUCAUAUUCCGUCGACUUAGAUCCUAAUGUGAAACUCGAAUCUGUACUCUUUCAAUUAAUGCUCGAUGAAAAGAAGGAAGCGACCCGAUCGAUAGUGGUAAAAGUUCCUUCGCAAUCGAAAUUUCUUGAAGUCAUGAAAGUUGCAGCUUCCCGAGAUGCCGCUUACAGAUUCGAAUAUUCUGGUGAUGAAGGAAAGGAAGUAGUUCAUAGCAUCGGUGGUAAGUAUAAUGAUCCAGAACUUCAAAAAUAUUGGGAACUCUUUAUGCAUGACAAGGAACAGACUAGGCUUAUGUCAGUUUCUGAUCCAAUACGCCCUGGAAUAUAUUCCUACAGUUUCAACUAUAAAGCUAAGCAUGGUUAAUGUGGACUUAAAAUUGUAUGGUUUUUUUUUUGUUGUAAAAUAAAGGCUUCAUAAAACA